AUGAGGCCGUUGUCGUUGAAGGGCCAUGAUCGUGCAUUGACUCGUGUACGUUUCAAUCGAGAAGGAGAUUUGUUGAUUUCCGCAGCGAAAAACAAGCAGCCAUGCUUAUGGUAUACAGAAAACGGAGAACGAAUAGGGACCUAUGAUGGUCAUAAUGGAGUAGUGUGGGAUGUUGACGUGUCAUGGGACACCACUCGGCUUGGUACCGCUUCUGGAGACAACUCUAUUAAGUUCUGGGAUUGCGAGACUGGCGUUGUCCUGAAUACAAUAAAUACACCCACACCGGCGAAAUCAGUGAACCUUUCUUUCUCAGGUCAUUUGCUUGCUUACACUACUCAAAAAAUGACUAAAAAUCCAUCGGUACUUUGUGUCGUUGAUACAAGGGACGAUCAACAGAUGACGGCUGAUUGUCCGUUGUUCCGCACUCAUUUCGAAUUUGAUAAUUCUGCAACUACUUGUGUAUUUAGUGGAGCUACCGACGUAGUGACCGUAGGUUUUGAGAAUGGACAUGUUCUGCAGUACGAAUUGAAAAACAAUGAGGAACCCUGCCAAUCGAAUGAUAAAGUCCAUAGGUAUGCUAUCACGGAUCUACAACUGUCUCCUGAUGGAGCUUUCGUUAUCUCAUCAUCAAAGGACAAAACAGCUGCUCUGUUGGAUGUUUAUACAUUGGACCAUCUAAAACAAUAUCGCUCCGAGCGUCCUGUUAAUUCUGCGUGCAUCUCGCCUAUACGUGACCAUAUAUGUCUUGGAGGAGGAGAGGAUGCCAUGCAAGUGACACAAACGGCAGUUUCUGCUGGUCAUUUUGAAGCCAAACUCUACCAUAUGGUGUUUGAGGAAGAAUUUGCGAGAUUCAAGGGUCAUUUCGGUCCCAUCAAUACUAUGGCUUGGCAUCCAUCAGGGAAUAUCAUCGCUACAGGAGGAGAAGAUGGUUAUGUUCGCAUACAAGAAUUUGAUGACGAUUAUCUUGAGUUCAAAUAUGACUACUAA